AUGUUUCGAUUGACAUAUCAAGCUCGGGCUACCGCCUAUGCGGCUGCCCAACUUAUACUUCACAACAAGAGCAUCCCUUCCACUCGCUCCGUGCACAACGUAAAGCUGUUGGGACUCCACAAUCAACUCCAUCAACCCGCUCCGGAGAUGCUGCGACUUCAUGGUCUUAGACUCCAUGGAGCUUCUGUCCCAAAUGUCGGUACUCGUCAAGUUCAGCAAGGGGUCGAUGUCGCGUUUUAUAAGGCUACCAUGAAAACUUUCAAGCUGAAGGACUUGCACAACACCCUUCAUCCGGCACCCGCUGAAAAGUUAUCGUUCCGUGGAUUGUGCCUCCAUGACCAUGCUAGAUUUGGCCAGCCAAUGAUUAAAGCGGAUCCAAAGACAAUUGCCGAAAUGUUCCCGCAGCUCACUUCCGAUCAACAGAUGGCCACGAAGAGCAAGCCAAUUGAUUCAGGGAGAAACAUCGACAUUUGGAUGGAGAUGUUCACUAGAUACCCGGUUGAGAGCAGAGCUUUUUUUAAUGCAUUUCCCAAGAACAAAGUAUCCCUCCUCGAUUACUUUACUGCAGCUGGUGUGGAUUUUGAUUAUGUUCCACCGGGGUAUACUGGUCGUCCCAAGGAAGAAUUACGAUCAAGCCAAGAUGACGGAAACCAAACGUCGGGUUCUUAG